GGACAACAGUCUCGCGACCCGCGUCUUUCGUCCUACCAUAUUUGCCAUUUCGGCCCUCACUUCACUUCACUUGCACGUUCACGACGCGCCAUAGCAACCUCGUGUUUACCUCACAAACCAGCACACUGGGUCUUCACGGGACACUGGAACACGGCAUCUCUUUGCAAUAAACCCACCAAGCUUGACAUUCGCAAUCUUGAGCCAACUCCAUCUGACACGGUCGAAAGAGCUCCUACGUGAACUCCUUCUCUACUCGAUCAAGCAACCUUCUCGUCCUUUGAAUCACUCUUUAACAGUGUUGAACCGCCAUAACGGCGUCACUCAUCCAAGAUGCCUGUCUCUCGCACCCGACAGCGAGUAGUUAACAAUGAAAACGAUGAGAACAACGCUGUCCAUUCUACGCGUCUCACACGUGCCAAAGCUGCUGGUCUAUCCAAUACUGAAGACACCUCAAUGGCGAAGAAGCCUCUCCAGACAAAGAAGUCCACAACCACCACGGCGACCGGAACACAGAGAAGACGUGCAUUGGGAGACGUGACCAACGCCGCCAAGGGGGUCGAAGUUGUUCAGGAGGGAAAGAAGGCCGUUGCGGGCAAGGUUGGACUACAAUCCAAGGCGGCACAACCCACUACUGGUGGUGUCCAGAAGCUGUCGAGAACCAAUUCGUCCAGAGCUGCCUUGGGCGUCAAGGACAAUAAUGUCAAACCUAAAGCUGCCUCAGAGUUGAAGAAGCCUGGCAGUGGCUCGGGCAUCCUGGGCAACAAGAGACGGACGACACAGACAUCAACCACCACCGCUCCCUCGUCAAAGGAUGCCACCCCAGAGGUUGAACAGCCACUCCGAAAGAAGCAGGCCACAGAAGAAGCCGUUGAAGAGGCGGCGCAGAGCGACGACACCUACGAUAUCGUUGCCGACCUUGAUGCAGAAGACAUUGACGAUCCCUCUAUGUGUGCCGAAUACGUUCGUGAAAUCUUCGACUAUUACCGUGCUCUGGAAGAUGUUACCGCCCCCAAUCCUACCUAUAUGGAUCAUCAAGACGACCUGGAAUGGAAGAUGAGAGGCAUUCUCAUCGACUGGCUGAUUGAGGUUCACACUCGCUUUCGACUAUUGCCCGAGACCUUGUUCCUUGCCGUCAACAUCGUCGAUAGGUUCCUGUCACAGAAGGUCGUCCCUCUUGACAAGCUCCAACUCGUCGGCAUCACUGCCAUGUUCAUCGCCUCCAAGUAUGAAGAGGUCCUCUCUCCACACGUUGGCAACUUUGUCCAUGUUGCUGAUGAUGGCUUCACCGUCGACGAAGUCCUCAGUGCGGAGCGUUAUACCCUGUCGACCCUCAAGUAUGACCUGAGUUAUCCCAACCCAAUGAACUUCUUGAGACGAAUCUCCAAGGCCGAUAACUACGACAUCCAGACCCGCACCCUCGGAAAGUACUUCAUGGAGAUCAGUCUCGUCGACCACCGCUUCUUGGAGUACAAACAGAGUCAUAUUGCUGCCGCCGCAAUGUACCUUGCUCGCAUGAUACUUGAACGUGGUGAAUGGGACGCAACCCUGACCAAGUUCGCUGGCUACUCAGAGGACGACAUCCUUCCGGUUUUCGACCUCAUGGUUGACUAUCUUCAAGCACCUGUCGCUCAUGAAGCCUUGUUUAAGAAAUACGCAAGCAAGAAAUUCCUCAAGGCAUCAAUCAUGUCAAGAAAGUGGGCCAAGGACUACGGUGCAACCCACGGAAACGGUGCCUCACUCACCGGCGUCAAGAUUGCACAAUAGCUGUCACAUCCACACCCUUACCUGCUUUGAAGACUGGACGCCCGAUAGGUCCUUUUCUGGAAAGCGCCUGCGACAUGUUCGACAACACAGCAACUUUUUUAGGGAAGGCCAUGUUUCAUGUCUUCAUCAUCCCCUUACGAUCGAAAAUGAUAUCCCACAUAGAAUACCAAUCCAGCAUCAUUAUCACCAUAUCAAUAAUUCUGUCACCCAUCAGCACAGACGGAGCGCUUCGAAGUCGGCGUCAUACAUUGACUUUGCG